AUGCCUUCCUAUGCCGUCCUGGGAGCUACGGGCAAUACUGGCCGGGCGAUCGUCCAAGUACUGCUUGAUCGACCCGACGCCACAAUCCACGCCUACUGCCGGUCCAAGGAGAAACUGUACCGACUGUGCCCCGGCGCAGAAACCGCGAAAGCGCUUUCGAUCUUCCAAGGGCAUCUUGAUGACAAUGGCCUUAUCGAUGAAUGUCUCCGGGGGACCGAUGCCGUGUUUCUGGUAGUCGCCAUUGUCGAUAACAUGCCCGGCUGCUCCAUCGCCAUGCUGACGGCCCAGGCUGUUGUCGCGUCUCUGCAGCGUCUGCAAUCGUCGUCGCCCGGUAUAUGCCUCCCGCGCCUUGUUAUGAUCUCGUCGGCGUCUCUGGAACCCUCGUUCUGCGAUGACGUCCCCGCCCCUGUCCAUUGGAUCCUCAAGACCGCUGUCUCGCAUCUGUACCGGGACUUGGCUGCUGCGGAGACAUUCCUUCGGGCCCAGUCGGACUGGCUCUCGGCGACCUUUGUGAAGCCUGGCGGAUUGGUGCAUGAUGAGGCCCGUGGCCACGAGGUCCGACUUGAUAGGGCUCAGACGCCGCUCUCCUUUCUGGACUUGGCUGCGGGGAUGGUGGAAGUCGCAGAUGCUGAUGAUGGCCGAUAUCAUAUGCGCAGUGUUAGUGUUGUUCCGACGUCGAGAAAUAUAUAUAGGGGAGUAUCCGUUGCCGAAGGGGGAGAGUAUAUAGUCGGACCUUAA